AUGCACAACCACUUCAACCCUGAAAACGACACGGAAUACAACCGAUUUGUGUUCCGAAAAAUUAAACAAAAUAGCCCAAGCAUCGAAGACUUCUACCGCAAACUAAAGGAAGCUGCGGCUAUGUGCCGUUUUUCCGACAUGGAUUCCGAGGUGAAGUCCCAAUUAAUUACAGGCUGCCUGUCGGAAAAAGUCCGCCAGAAGGGACUCAUGAAUUCAGAUAUGUCACUACAUGACUUAAUAAACUACGCAAGGACAACGGAGACGAUAGCGUCGCACCUACAAACAAUGCAACUGGAAGACAUCGCUACUGCUACAACCGCCCCAAUAAACAAAGUCGCAGACGAACAGCGCCAACCAAGCAACUAUCCCCGGCAAUACCAGUACAGGAAUUGCAACGGAAAAUACCCUCAUGAGCGGGGACCGACGUCUUGCCCUGCAUUUCAUACCCAGUGCACAUACUGCGGAAGGUGGGGACACUUCACCUCUGUCUGUUUCAGAAGAUUAAACGACGGAAACAGACAACGGGAAACAAAUCGUCCCCCACGAACACAGACCAAUCGACGCUCAGUGAACCGCAUUGAAAACGACCAACGGAACCCACGUAGCAGUGGUAGUGAUACAGAAUACGUGUUCCACACAGCUGGAGCUUGGAACUUGCCACCUUCAAUUGAAAUGGAUACUCCAGCAAACAGGAGUUCAUCUUUAUUUUUGGGGCUUCCCAACCAAAUAGAAAGGCAACUUGAUGAACAAUCACAAACUCUCCACAAAAUCAAUUCCACAGUUCAGAAACUUGAAGCUGAAAACGCUCUUUAUAAACAAGAAUUGAUGACCGCCCACACCAAUAUUCACCAGUAA